AUGCGGGUAGGGGUUCCGUGCACCUCGACACAGGGGGGCAGAGCUUCCAAUGUUGUGGACGGGCAGAAUGAGGUUGGGCAGAUGGUGAGGGAUGCAUUAGAGGUUGAUGGGGUGGUUGUGCUCAAAGAGUUUGGUGAUACUCGGGGCUUUCACCUCAGGAUGUCUUGGUUGAGGAAGGUUUAUCAGCAGCUUGUCGAUGCGGGGAGGUACGAGGCUGCCGUUAGGGCGUACAUGCUACAUCUAGUGGCAUGUACUCUCUUUGCGGACAAGUCUGCAUAUUAUAUAAAUGUCCACUAUCUGACUCUCUUCAGCGACCUUGAUACCCCGUCUUGGGCUUGGGGAGUGGCUGCUCUGACGAUGCUAUACACGGCGUUUGAUGCCGCUUCUCGUCCUAACACCAGACAACUUGCUAGUUAUCUAAGCUUGCUACAGUGUUGGAUCUACGAGCACUUCCCUCGCAUCUGUGAGCGGAGGAUCCACCAUUGUGCGGCUGCUGACCCUUGUGCGAUGAGGUGGAAGGCCAAGCAGACCUUUCCAGGAGAGGCGCCCUUGAUGGAGUACAGGCAGAGGCUGGAUGCUCUGACGCUGGAUGAUGUCAUGUGGACACCGUAUAUAGGUCACUGCAAGCAUCGUCCUUUUGAUCCAUCUUCCUUAUAUUUAGGGUAUGUUAGAUGGGAGAGCCAUGUGGCUAGACACUUGCUUGAGAGGUGCCUACGCCAGUUUGGUUAUCUCCCCCGUGAGAUCAUGGAUACAGCCGUUGCGGUUCAACAGUCUGGGCAAUGUCAGGAUGGAUACCUGGAGUGGUUCCUCAGAGUGUCACACCAUAGGGUCAGCCCAUCUGCCGCAGCAUCUGAUGUUCCAGGGCCUUCAUGUGCUAGGGCUUCUUCACCACCACCUCCACCUCCUGCUAGUGACCAGGGCAGCCUCCUGUAG